AUGACCCACCUACAAUUUCCUGAAAGCUUUCUUGAGCGAGUUAACAAAUUGCGUAGAGAACUAAACGAAAUUUCCAGAGAGGUACAACUCAUGAUAGACGGCACUGAAGCAUAUUUGAUGGUGGAAGGAUGCGAGAUAAACCUGGUAGAAAGGUACAAAAUAAACCUGGUAGAACUCUCGAGUAAUGAAGGAGCACCACAAGAGAAUGACAUACUGCUCCCAGAUACCUUGGAUGUGGUAGUCGCACCAGCAGAAAUGCAUGACCUGACAAGAGCUAUGCUUAAUCAUGACGUAGCAGGGCUACUUUCAGUGGCUAUGGAUCUAGCUGUUCUGAAGAAGCAACAAGUGAAUGCUUAUAGAAGACUCGGAGCAGGAGUUACAAGGGCACUCUCAUCAAAAUGGGGCGCGAACCUACCAGAUAGUGCAGAGGAUAAGAAUACUUAUCCAAGAAGUUGGGAUGUUAUAACCAAAGAACCUCCAGCUGGUAACUUCCGAUUGGAUCUAUUAUGGAGAUGGGAUCGCAGGAGCUCCCCUUUGAAGGAAGAAAUGUUUGAGAUGGUAUUAGAAGGUCCUAAUAAACCAGAUCUGGAUAAGGUUAAUGGAGACAGAAAGAAGUUGAUGGAUGAGGGUGUUUUUGCUUUUAAUAAGUUUAUAAUAAGCACUGAGUUACCAACGUGA